AUGGACUCAUGUCAGGGCGCGCUGGCGGCGGGUAACGCGGCGCUGCUCAAGCCGUCUGAGCUCUCCAAGCACUCGUCCCACCUGCUGGCCGAGCUCGUCCCCAAGUACCUGGACCCCGAGGCCGUGCGCGUGAUCGAGGGCGCCGUGGCGGAGACGACGGCCAUCCUGCGCCACAAGUUCGACCACAUCUUCUACACGGGCAGCACUUCGGUGGGCAAGGUGGUGAUGCGCGCCGCCGCGGAGCACCUCACUCCCGUGACCCUCGAGCUCGGUGGUCAAGAGCCCGUGCAUCAUUGA